AUGACGAUAGACAGGGUACGUCGACACACUCAGCAAGAUGAAGUCAUGAGAGAAUUGAUGAAGACAAUAAAGAAAGGAUGGCCAGAAAACAAGACGCAGCUUAAGAAAGAAGUCCGUGACUAUUGGACAUUCAGGGACGAAGUCAGCAUGCACGAUGGCAUUGUAUACAAGGGACAAGCGAUAGUCGUCCCAGCAGAGCUGCGAGAAGAGAUGAUACAGAAGACACAUGCCAGCCACCAAGGAGCAGAAGCAUGUAUCAGACGAGCCAGAGAAACCAUAUUCUGGCCUGGGAUGAGUGCACAACUGCGAGAAAGAAUCGGACGAUGUGACAUCUGCAAAACCUAUCAGCCGAAGCAGCAGAGGGAACCGCUCAUGCCACAUCCAACUCCAACAACGCCAUGGAGCAGAGUGUCGAUGGAUCUGAUGACAUUGGAAAACCGACACUAUCUGAUCACAGUAGAUAACUACUCCGACUACUGGGAGAUAGACGAGCUUCACCAGAAUACCACAGCCAAGAAUGUGAUACACAAGACCAAGCAGAACUUCAGCAGACAUGGAAUACCCAUGGAAGUUGUCACCGACAACGGACCCCAGUUUGCAUCAGAGGAGUUCAAGCAAUUCGCAAAGACGUGGAACUUUCGACAUGUGACAACAUCACCGUAUCACAGUCAAGCCAACGGCAAAGCAGAAUCGGCAGUAAAGAUUGCCAAGAACCUGCUUAAGAAAGCAGCAGCAGAUGGACAGGACCCCUGGGUCUCCAUCUUGGCAUGGAGGAACACUCCAACCCAAGGACAAGGCAGCAGUCCUACGCAACGACUAAUGUCAAGAAGGACGCGAACGCAAGUGCCAAUCAACACACAAGCACUAGAGCCAAAGGUAGUACCGAACGUCCACAAUAACAUCAACAAGAGAAAGGCCAGAGCGAAGAGGUAUUACGACAAAGGCACGAGAAGUCUUCCACCAAUACAACCAGGACAACAAGUGCGUGUAGAGUUAACACCACAGAAAGCAGCACAGUGGAAAUAUGGCACGUGUGUGCAACGUGUAGCACCAAAGUCGUACGAAGUAGAAGUCGACGGAGCCAAGUACAGGAGAAACCGAAAGCACAUACGCGACACAACAGAAGAACAGAAACCAUCAACAGAUGUAGAUGAGACAACAACAGCUCCAGCAACUGCAACACCAGAGUCGACAGCAGAAACAACGACAACUACGACUGAACCAACGCCGUAUGUCACACGCCACCUGCCUGCGUUCCUGCCUGCACCACAACCACCACAGGUGGAAGUAUGGGAGAUGUACGACAGGUUACAGAGGGUAAGUGUGCGGAAGGCAGCCGGCCCGGACAACAUCACGGGGCGGUUGAUAAGGGAAUUUGCAUAUGAGCUCAGCCAGCAACUGACGUGUAUCCUGAAUGCAUCUCUGCACGAAGGCCGUGUUCCUAGAGAAUGGAGGGAAGCAACCGUCAUUCCUAUCCCCAAAACUAAACCCCCGACUGUGGAAGAUCUCCGACCAGUCUCGCUCACUUCAAUAUCACAAACUCCGUGUUGA